AUGGCGCCUCGGACUCUGUUGCCCAUCCUGCUCCUGUGCAUGCUGCUGCAGGUCCAUGGAGGGCCAUAUCGACGCAACAGGAGGACCUCAGGAAUCAAGGUCUGCGAGCAGAAACCAAGCAUACGUCUGUGCACUCAACACUGUUCAUAUUUCCAAAACUGCCCAGCAAAUCGUGUCUGCUGUUCAACCUUCUGCGGGAACGUCUGCCUGAGACUCCUGUGA